UAUAGUUGACACCAGAGACCUUUUCCUGCGUACACCGUCGUCACUUUGGAGUUUGCCUUCCACUGCCCCUCUUCACAAGAUGAUGCGCUGUAGGAGAGAAUGGCUGCUCGCGCCGUGCGUCAUCUCCGUGCUGCUGUUGGCACCAAUCCUCUGCGAAGGAUUGUUCUUUGGCGCAAGCGAGGUGUCGCCGCCUGCGCUGACGCCACCCUUCAUCAAGCAAUCAGGCGAACGGGGAAUACCGCAGGCUGUUGGCGUCGUUUGGCCGGUCGCCUUCCUCCUCACAUCAAUGACAUUGGUUUUGCUUAUCAAGGUAGCAUGUUGCCUACUGAAAGUUUACUCCAAAUUAAUUAUAUAUAUCCAACGACUUAACUUUGCCCUAUUUUAUUUCUUCUCCGAGUCAAAAUAUGGAUUCAACGACCGUCAAUUCCACGGUUCAUUGGAUGAUCAACCACGGUCGGUACACUCUCUAAGCAUCACGGUGUCGUUUGUAGAGAUUGUCAAAUCCAUUGGCAUCUUGCCAUACAACACCGGGUACCUCAAAGUGUUACUCCUCUUCAUCCUUGCACCAACUACGGCGUCUUCCACCGGCUGCCCCUCCCCAACCUUCGAUCAUGUUGUCAACUUAGACGGAGCACUUGAGUUCCCGUUGUUUCACAGGGACCAUCCAUGCGUCCAGCAACACCUCGGCAAUACGAGGUCAUCUGGAAACAUCGUUGAGAUGGACCUGCCGCUGCCGAUUGACUUGAUACAGAAUGACGAUAUAAGCAACUUCCUCUUUCUGAUGCCCAUCAAGCUGGGCACGCCACCGGUCUGGAAUCUUGUGGCAGUUGACACUGGAGCCUCACUUUCUUUUGUUCAGUGCCAACCAUGCACUCUCCGGUGCCACAAGCAAUCUGAUGCCGGGGAAAUAUAUGAUCCUAGCAAGUCGGAGAGUUUCAGUCAUGUUGGGUGCUCAGAAGAGAGCUGCCGCACGGUCCAACGGGCGCUUCGUCUCCAAUCCAAAGCAUGCAUGGAGAAAGAGAACAGUUGCCUCUACAGUAUGACGUUCGGAGGAACAUCUUCAUAUUCCGUCGGCAAGCUAGCGAGGGACAGGCUCGCAAUCGGGCAGUAUGCCAAGGGAUACAGCUUCCCUGAUUUCCUCUUCGGAUGCAGCUUGGACACGGAGUAUCAUCAAUAUGAGGCUGGCCUAGUCGGAUUCGCUGACGAGCCGUUUUCAUUUUUUGAACAAGUGGCACAUCUGGUCAACUACAAGGCCUUUAGCUACUGCUUUCCAAGCGACAGAAGGAAGACGGGGUACCUGUCCAUUGGGGAUUACCCCCAUGUCAACUCCACAUCCUAUACUCCCUUGUUCCUGGCUCGGCAACGAUCACAUUAUGCACUUAAGCUGGAUGAAGUGGUUGUCAAUGGGAUCGCGCUGGUCACAACCCCCUCAGAAAUGAUUGUAGACUCCGGGUCCAGAUGGACAUCACUGCUGUCCGAUACCUUCAACCAACUUGACGCAACAAUCACCAAGGCUCUGCAACCUCUGGGAUAUAAUCGCAGCUAUUAUAGGGGAUCAGAUUAUAUCUGCUUUGAGGACGCGCACUUUCAACAGUUUAGCAAUUGGGCCGCUUUACCAGCAGUGGAGCUGAAGUUCGACAUGGGCGUUACACUGACUCUACAACCCCAGAGCUCGUUCCAUUUUCACAACGACUAUGGACUGUGCACAUACUUCAUGAGGGAUGCCAGUCUGGGAAGUGGUGUGCAGAUACUAGGAAACACGAUGACACGGUCUGUUGGCAUCACAUUUGAUAUCCGAGGGGGUCAAUUUGCGCUCCGCAAGGGAGACUGCUGAUUUGGCCCAUGUAACUAUCCACAUCCUUGACGGUGCAGGCUGCGUUCCACUGGAGGUUGCCUUGAAGGUAGCGGCGGCGGAGCCUGAGCUACAUGGGUUCUGCUGCCACUCCCACUCGUCGUGUUCCUGCUGCAUACCUGAUUCCCAAUAAUUGUAUCAACUGAUUAUGGUCCAAUUGAGCCUAUGUACUGCUAUGCUAUUUAUCGAAAAUGUACUGCUUCGCCAUUACUAGUGA